AUGGACGCGCCUGGCGCGACAGCGGCGAACGGGAGCCCUGAAAAAGAGGCCUCAGAGUGCGGCACGUCCUCUACACGAAACAGGUCGCCCUCGGGUACGAACCCUCAGGAACACGAGCAACGUCAUCGGGACAGCGAGGACGAUACCGAGGAAACCGACGAUAGCGAGGAUGAAGAUGAAGACAAAGAUGAAGAUGAUCCCGAUGAGGAGGACGAGGAGCCUCGGCUCAAAUAUGCGUACCUUACUAAACACCUGGGAUCAGUCUAUCGCAACGGGGAUGCGACCAGCACGUUCCUGGUUGCCGGAGACAAGAUGAUUGUCGGAACACAUAAUGGGGUCAUUCAUGUCUUGUCGUUGCCCCUCCUGCAGCCUCUCCGAGUGUACCAUGCUCAUUCAGCGAGCGUGACAUCCAUAUCCAUAUCGCCAUUCCCUCCUCCCCUACCAAACGUUAAACUUGAUGCUCCUAGCAGAUUAGGCGCUGAGGAUUCUCGACCUCCGACACGCACCUCAACAAACUCGGGCAGUAUUCGCGGCAAUCCGAGAUUUACCAAGCAGGCAUCUAUCCCAAAUAUACCAUCAAACUCUAUCUAUAUCGCAUCCGCUUCCAUCGACGGCAAUGUAUGCAUAUCCUCAUUAGUCGACCCAAAGGAUGUUCUUAAACGAAAUUUUGGGCGACCAGUUAAAGCAGUUGCACUUUCCCCGGAAUACAAAAGUGACAGGACGUUUUUAUCUGGUGGUCUCGCGGGAGAGUUGAUUUUAACUACUGGUGGCCGAGUCGGAGCCAGUUCAAAUGCCACCACAAUGGGCGGUGCAACGGCGGCAGCUUCGAGCUGGCUCGGUUCAAUGGGACUGGGCACGAAUAACGGCAAAGAUACCAUCCUGCACAGUGGCGAAGGCGCAAUAGGUACAAUUCGGUGGUCUUUGUCGGGCAAAUAUGUUACCUGGGUCAACGAAGAGGGAAUCAAGAUCAUGCGUUCUAAUCUACACCUGGAAUCCUCGGAAUCCGAGUUUGCAUGGAAACGAAUUAGCCACAUUGAUCGGCCCAAUCGACCUGGCUGGGAGGAAAUGGCCAGUGUAUGGAAAGCGCGUGCUGAAUGGAUUGAUCAAUCUGCCUUAGAUAGCCAUGACAAUCUGGACCCCAGCGAUGACAUGACACAACAAGCACCCAAAUUGACACCAGCGGUCAAGAACGUCGAGAAACUGGUUGUCGGCUGGGGCGGUACCGUGUGGGUUAUCGAUGUAUUCCCUGACCGGGCAAGCAAAUCGUCCAAAGGGGAGAAAUAUGGAUCCGCAGAGGUCACUACGAUAUUGCGAACCGACUGUAUAAUCUCAGGCAUCUCUUUGUAUACACCACGUCUCCUUGUGAUCCUUGCCUAUAUCGAGGCGGACACAACUACUCCUGAAAGUGUCACCGGGAAAUCGCCUGGACGACAUCAACGACAAAGAGGCUUGGAGCCGGAGUUACGGAUCAUCGAUAUUGAAACCAAGGAAGAGCUGAGCGCCGACACACUAUCUGCCAGCCGCUUUGAGGGACUGACUUCCUCCGAUUAUCAUCUGAGUGUCUUACCUCCUUGGAAAACACCUGAAGGACAGGUAGUCCAGCGAGGUGCUCUGGGGGCUCUUGGACACGGCUUAUUGGAUGCUACCAUGUACCCUGCCCGGCUGUUUAGCUCUGGCGCCAGCAUUCGCAGUACUACAAGCAGCGGGGAUAAAGUGUCCGGCAGAGCGCCGCCCUCUUUCGCCUCCACACACGUCUCCGGUGACGAAAUAUUGUCCAAGGAAAUGCAGGAUGUCUCCGGGGCUUUAGGCGCAAAAGUUUUUGUCCACAGUCCAUAUGACUGUGUUGUUGCCGUGAAAAGAAAUCUCACGGACCGACUAUCUUGGCUAAAUUCGCACGGUCGAUUCGAAGAAGCUUGGAAACUUGUUGACGAGCACCCUGGUGCUGCAGGUUUAAUGGCCGACCUGGCCGAGAUACCUUCUGGGUCAUUGAGAUCAGAAAGUAGCCUAGGAGACUUCUUUGCUGAUGAUCAAUCAUCUAUCAUGACAGCUGGCCGGAUAAAGGCCUCAGCCUCGGACCAAGAAAAGGCCAAAAUCGGUGAACUUUGGGCCGAACAGCUAGUCAGUGAGGAUAAGUGGACCCAGGCCGCAGAGGUUUGUGGCAAGGUGCUUCGCAACGCUUCUCGGUGGGAGCACUGGGCGUGGAUGUUCAUCAAAGAGGGCAAGCUAGAUGAGCUCACUCCGUACAUUCCCACAGACCUGCACCCCUCACUCUCUGCCUCAGUUUAUGAGCAUGUUUUGAAUUACUAUGUCUCUCGAGACCUAUGUCGGUUUAGAGAGCUGGUUGAGACAUGGCCUUCGGAUCUUUUCGAUUCUAACCAUGUCACCUUGGCGAUCCAGGAACAAUUGAAGCUGGACUCUAUCCGUGUGGAAUCGGAUGAAUGGCGAGUUCUCACAGAUUGUCUCGCCAGAUUGUAUCUGGUCGGCGGGCACUAUCGCGAGGCACUACACUGUUAUAUCCGCCUGCAAGAUGCGGAAGCCGCCAUGUCUUUGAUUCGGGAGCAUCGCCUUGUAGAUGCAGUUUCAGAUAACAUCCCUGCUUUCAUCUUGAUCCGCGUUACUAAGGAAAAAUUGAAAUCCGCACCAAAAUCAGAGUUGGAGGAGAUGGCCGCGGAGCCAAUCCGGUUACUGGUCAGUGAAGCGUAUACAGGCAUUGUCCGCCCCGAGUCGGUGGUGUCCCAGCUCAAGGAUGCAAAUCGCAUCCUGUUUCUUUAUUUCUACCUUCGGGCGCUGUGGCGCGGUGAAUCUUCACCGCAUGAAUCUUCAAAGCCUUCGCGAGGUCGCGGAGCCUAUGCCCGCGAUGCAGCAAGCAGACUAGCUGCAGACGAAGGAAAGGCUCUCAUCGACGGCUUCGCCGAUACAGCGGUAGAGGUAUUUGCGGAUUAUGAUCGGCCGCUGUUGAUGGAGUUUUUGCAAACGAGUAUCUCCUAUACCUUCGAGACUGCGACUCAUAUCUGCGAGCAGCGACACUUUACUCAAGAACUGAUCUACCUGCUGUCGAAGAUGGGUCAAACGAAACGAGCUUUGAACCUAAUUUUGUCGGACUUGAAGGAUGUUUCACAGGCUAUAUCAUUCGCUAAGACACAAGAUGACCCUGAUCUAUGGGAAGACCUUCUCGACUACUCCAUGGACAAGCCAAAGUUUAUUCACGGGCUGCUUGUUGAGGCCGGCACCUCCAUUGAUCCCAUCAAGCUCGUUCGACGCAUUCCAAGCGGGCUGGAGAUUGAAGGUCUACGAGAUGGUUUGACCAGGUUAAUUCGCGAACAUGACCUGCAGGCGAUUAUAAGCCAGGGUGCUGCGCGCGUCAUGCAGGGUGAGGUCGCUCUGGGAAUGGAUACUCUUCGGAGAGGGCAACGCCGUGGCAUCAAAUUCAACAUCCGUGAAGACAACAUUGUAGAUGAUGGACCAAUUUCUGGCACAGCUCCUGCCAAUGCCCCAGCCCAGGACUCUGUCUCGGAAUCUGGUAGUUCGACAAGGCAGGUAGGGCCUGGGCAGGGAAGAUGUGGUGGCUGCAACGCCCCGUUCCAAGCCAACGAGCGCGAAAUCCUCAUUGGCUUUGCAUGUGGCCACGUCUUCCACCUAUCCCAUCUUCACUCCGAAGCAUCGCGGCAACAGUCCAACACAAGCACCCCCGACCGCUCUGCAGAUCGCACCCCUCGACCAUCUUCUCCAUCUGAGGAACCGUCCUCAACCACAGCCUCUCGAACCGUUGGUCCUAAAGUAACAACAGCCAGACUGUUGCGAGACAGGAUCGGAGAUGGAUGUCGGAUCUGUGCUCUCACUAGGAAAAUUGAGUCCCUUGGCAGCGAAGGCGAGGUUUGA